CCCUGGGAAGGAGGAAAGAGAGAAAAAAAUGUAAAGAGCGAGGGAAGAGCAUCAGCGUUCAAAAUACAGAGGGAAAGAGAAGAGGCGCCCGCACAGCACAGAGCUCUGCUGCCUGCGGUGCUGCUGCGCACGCCACAGAACUGCAAACAAAAGGAAAAGCCGGAGAAACAAAAGGGAGGCACGGGGGGUGCUAACAAGCAGCUACGUACAAGGACUGGCACCGAGCUGCUCUAUAAAGGACAAGCCGGACCUUGGCACAGGACCACAGCAUGCUCUCAGCUCUUUCUAGCCUGAACCUAGCGCAGCGUCUCAUGGUGGUUAUACCAAGCCUCAGCAUGUCCGGGAGGAAGAUCUCAUCGGAAUCCUUCAGCUCGCUGGGAUCUGACUAUACCGAGACCAGCCCAGAGGAAGAACCAGAAUGCCUGGCUCGGAUGUGCUGGAACGGGAGCAAAAGCCCCACCGGGUCUCAGGAUCAGCACCCACAACCGGUUCCUGGCCCCAGGAGAGCCACCAGGAGGAGACGGGUGAACCUGGACUCCCUGGGAGAGAGCAUCAGGAAACUGACUUCUCCCACGCCGCAGACCAUUCAGGAUACGUUACAGAGAACACUGCGGCAUUAUGAGCAUCAACUGAUCGGCUGUCGGGAUCCAGAGAAGAAUUUACACAACGCUUCAGUGAAAUGCGCAUACGCUGGUCUCUCUGGAAGUGAAGAUGCGGAGGAUGUCUCAGGAAUUCUGCAGUGUACAGCUAAUGUCCUUGGGUUGAAGUUUGAAGAGUUGCAAGAAAAAUUUGGAGAGGAGUUCUUCAGUCUUUGCUUUGAGGAGAAUGAAAGAGUUCUUAGAGCUGUUGGUGGAACAUUAUUUGACUUCUUCAAUGGUUUUGAUGCUUUGUUGGAGCAUAUUAGGACUUCAAUUGGAAGACAAGUGACUUUUGAAUCCCCCUCUUUCCUAUGCAAAGAGCUUGCCGAUGGGACCCUCGUCCUCAGUUGCUUCCAUCUCCAUCACAUUGUAGGGUUUGCCAUGCUUGGCAUGAUAAAGGCAGUGGGAAAGAAGAUCUACCAACUCAAAGUUGAUGUUGAGCAAGUCAAUAACGUCAAUGAGAAGUUGUUCCCUGAAAUUAUAAGUCCGGGUAACUGUAACACUCUUAUCUUCAAAAUCAAGGAACGUGAUAAUGCAAGCGUCACAAAAGCACCUCCAGCUAGAUCGUCCCAUGAGCCUUCUGACUUGAGGAUUAGUAUCAGCACAUUCUGUAGAGCGUUUCCCUUCCACCUGAUGUUUGACUCCAACAUGGUCAUACUUCAGCUUGGAGAAGGACUGAGGAAACUUAUUAAAUGUGAAGUCCAUAAAACCUUGAAGUUUCAUGAUAGUUUUGAGAUUGUUUCCCCAAAAAUCAUCUGUACUUUUGAACAAGUCCUGUUGAGACUGUCCACGCCCUUUUUAAUACGGAACGUUCUAGAUACAUUUGAGCUCGAGAACAAGGAAAAGGUGAUGGAAGUAAAAGGGCAAAUGAUCCAUGUCCCUGAAUCCAAUUCUAUGCUCUUUUUGGGCUCUCCUCGUGUCGACAAACUGGAUGAACUGAUGGGACGAGGCCUGCAUCUUUCUGAUAUCCCAAUCCAUGAUGCCACCCGUGAUGUCAUUCUAGUUGGUGAGCAGGCCAAAGCUCAAGAUGGUCUUAAAAAGCGAAUGGAUAAAUUGAAAGACACUUUGGAAAAAACUCAUCAAGCUUUGGAGGAAGAGAAGAAGAAAACAGUUGAUCUUCUCUAUUCGAUAUUUCCAGGAGAUGUGGCGCAGCAGCUUUGGGAAGGGAAGACUGUGGAGGCUAGGAAAUUUGAUGAUGUCACAAUGCUUUUUUCUGACAUUGUGGGGUUCACAGCUGUCUGCGCAGAGUGCACACCAAUGCAAGUGAUUAGUAUGUUGAAUGAACUCUAUACUAGAUUUGACUAUCAGUGUGGAUUCCUGGACAUUUAUAAGGUGGAAACUAUUGGAGAUGCAUACUGCGUGGCAGCUGGACUUCACAGGAAGAACAAAUGCCAUGCCAAGCCCAUUGCACUAAUGGCUUUAAAGAUGAUGGAGCUAUCAGAAGAAGUUCUCACUCCUGAUGGGAGGCCUAUUCGGAUGAGAAUAGGCAUUCAUUCCGGUUCGGUCUUUGCGGGUGUUGUUGGAGUUAGAAUGCCACGGUAUUGUCUAUUUGGAAACAACGUCACAUUGGCUAGCAAAUUUGAAUCAGGGAGUCAUCCUCGACAAAUUAACGUUAGUCCAACGACAUACCAGCUUUUGAAGGGGGAAGAAUCUUUUCACUUUAUUCCUCGGUCACGUGAGGAGCUUCCAGAAAACUUUCCGAAGGAAAUCCCAGGGAUCUGUUAUUUCUUGGAGAUGGAUAAAGGCCAAAAACAGCCAAAGCAUCCCUUAACAACUGUCAGAAUGAGAAAGGUUUCAUAUAACAUUGGCACUAUGUACCUUAGGGAAACGAGCGUAUGAAACCUCCUAUAGAUGAAAGACUAUAAAAAAAA